AUGCGUCUCCUUUUCUACAGUCAGAGGUGCUUAGUUUGGCUAUGGGCGACCCUUGUCUGCGCUUUUAACAUGACGACCAAGAUUGCCAAGGUGAGCAACCUGGCUCUCCACGUUUUCCGCACGCACUCUCUGCGCGUUGCUAAUGGAGGUGCAGUGUUCCCUACUGUUGCUGCUGCUGCUUCCACCUGUGACGACCCGGAGGCGUUGAAACACCUUCUCGCCAAUGUUGCCGCUCUUACCCUCCACGACGUCGGUCUCGACUCACCCUUCUCUCUGCCUCCACCAAACCAGCUCAAUGCACCCGUGGCGUACAUGCACAUAACCGAGAACGAGGUCUUUUCUAUGGGCAUGUUUAUACUCCGUCCCGGCUCUCGUAUUCCCCUUCAUGGCCAUCCAGGCAUGUUUGGAGUAAUCCGAGUGAUGCAGGGCUCUAUGCGCUGCCGCUCCUUCACGCCUCUCUCUCACGAUGAGUCUCCUACCGGUGCGUCAUCACCACCGUCGGGAUCGUCGAAGGACUGCGGCGGCACCGCAGUGAUGUGGCGUCUUGCCGCCACGUCCGACCUCACGGUGGCCGAACCGCACGCGGACAGGCUGCUUGGAGCUUCCGACCGACUACCCUGUCUUCUCACCCCGUGUACAGGCAACUUGCAUGAGCUAACGGCAGUGGAGGGAACUGUUGUCUUCAUUGACAUCCUCUCGCCUCCUUAUGACCACGACUUAGGCACUCGGGAGUGCCUCUUCUAUCGCGAGAUCGAUUUACCCACCUCCAGUGAAUUAGCAUCGCAGACGCAGGGAUCGUCUCGAGUCUAUCUAACCGAGAUCAACCAGCCCGGGGAUUACUGGUGCGAACUUCUUCCAUAUCACGGGCCACCGAUCUCCUAA